UAAAAGCGGAACUACCAGACCGCCAUUUUAGGACAGACGCGCCAGAUGUUAGAUCUCGCCCGUUUUACCCUUCGAGUAGGCUGAAGUAGAGGUGUCCGGAAUAAGGACCUUCCAUGGACGAGGACGAGUUUGUGAGGGCUGUGAUGGAGGGAGACGUGCAGGCCGUGAGGAAGGGUCUUCAGGCCGGGUGGGACGUCAAUCAGAAGUUUCAAUGGCCAUGGAAUGGCAGGACCGCACUCCAUGUGGCCAGCGGGACCGGGCAGACUGGGGUAGUGGAGCUGCUGAUUCAACAUGGCGCUGAUGUGGGGGCGAGGGACAAGGAUGGCAGGACCGCGCUCCAUGUGGCCAGCGAGUACGGGCAGACUGGGGUAGUGGAGCUGCUGGUUCAACAUGGCGCUGAUCUGGAGGCGAAGAACAAGAAUGGGAGUACACCACUGGACUUCGUGCGUGACCAAGACCGCAGACGUUUCCUAAAGGGAUCUUUCGUCGCCAUCUUCAGAGAUCGAAUGACUCCAGACGAUCAGCCACACGAGCCCACCCCAGGUGUGAAUGUGGGAGCAACCAAGAUUCCCGGUGUGGGGCAGGUCAGUGUGUGGGACUUCGCUGGACAGUCGGAGUACGCGGUAACCCACAGCAUGUUCAUGGAUGCAGAGAACACCAUCUUCAUUGUGCUAUACAACAUCAUGGUCGACCCCGAAACACAGAAGAAAGAGGUCCACUGGUGGCUGUGUUUCAUCAAGUCCUGCAACACGAAGAGUAAGCCUUACGUCAUCCUAGUGGCCAGUCAUGGGGACCAGACUGAUACAGGACGUCAACAAGCAUCUGUCAUCCUUCAGCUGAUGACGUCAACGUUCAAGGAUCACCUGGACAUCUCAGACGAAGUGUUUCUCCUCGACUGCAGGAAGACACGUAAAACUGACAUGAGGCGUCUUAAAGACCUUCUGGCAAGACUGAAGACUAAGCUUCUGGAACAUCAGCGAGCCAUUCCCAAGCUGUGUGCCGAGAUCAUGAAGUGCCUUCCAACAUGGGCCAAGGAGAAGUGCAGCCCGAAGUGUCCUGUCUUGAGAUGGGCAGAGUACAAGGAGGCGGUGAUGGAGAUGAUGGGGAUUGAGCAGCUGGUCAAUGAAGAUUUUCUCAAGACGUCUUCGCAGUACUUGGCUCACCUUGGAGAGAUCUUGUUUGUGUCCACACCUGCGGAGCCCAUCGUUAUCCUGAAGCCGAACUGGCUCUGCACAGAUGUCUUCGGCAAAGUGAUGGCUCCAGAAAACUUCCCCAUCCAACAUCUGAGAACCAGCAAGGACAUCGUCACGAAAGAGGAAAUCCAGAACGUGUUCCAAGAUGUCGCCGAUGUGGAUCUCCUGAUCACCCUGCUGCAAGAGUUUCAGCUCUGCCACACCUUUGACGGACAAGAGUUCAUCAUCCCCGGGCUGCUGACACAGACCAUGCCUCCAGAGAAGUGGGUGAAGACUGAGAACCCCGCCAAGACCGUCUACUUCGGCAGGCAAGUCCAGUGUGCCGAUACCACCGACAUGUUCUCUUCCGCGUUCUUCCCCCGUGUGCAGACCCGCCUGAUGAGGGAACUGAAGAACCGCCCGCUGCUGUGGAGAGACGGAGCCAAGUGUUUCGACUCCAACGUGGAAAGCCUCAUCAAGCUCUCCCCAGACGGCCGUGCGGUCAACAUCUGCGUGCGAAGCGAGCAGGGCGACAAGCCGAGCUGCCGGCAGAUGCUCCGGAAGAUUGAGAUCAUCCUGAACAACGUGCUCGACGAGGUCAGCCCAGGCACUGCUACCAAGGAGAGGGUGCUCAGCGCUCGUGCACUGAGGGAGCACAGAGAAGAAAUCUAUUCCUACAGCAGGGAUCAGAUCAACAAGGCCAAAGCCGAGGACAGAAUCGUCCAUCACGACAUCCUCGGCUUCUCAGAAGACGUCGAUGACCUCCUGUACGGCGGGAGAGAUGGCGACGAAGAGGAGCAAGGAGCUGUUGGAUACACGGUCCAACAAACGUUCAACUUAGUGUACGGGUCUGGUAAUGUUAUCAGUUCAGGUGAUCAUGCUCGCUUCGACAUGGCAACCAUCGUGCAAGGCGACCUGGGGCAGCUACAGUUGGAAGGGAAUGGGCCUAGAGACCAGGGACAGCCACAGUUGGAAGGGAAUGUUCCUGGCGAUCUGGAACAGCUGCAGUUGGAGGAGUGACUUUUCAUUCGUUCUAGCACACACACACCCUCCCCCAAAAUCUAGUAGGUUGUGUAUCAAGGUGCCGCAGGACCACUGCAGCCAGAGGACAGUGUGCCCGGAACUAGCUCAGAUCAAGGACUGGCCCUGGAAUGAGAUUUUGUAGGCAGUUGACAGCUAAUUCUAACGUGGGUGCCAUUAAUUUGAUUUUGCUACGAGCUACUUGCUCUCUUUUUUUUUCGGCCAGUGCAUCCCAGGAUUGGUGCCAUUUGAUUUCACGGGCCUCUUACACUCUUUUUUUCCGGCCAGGGGAGUGUAAGGAGCCAAUCGGAUGGCACCCAGGCUCAGCUAAUUCUUCAAUUCCUUUCCAGCGACAAUAAUUCACAGCAAAAAUGCCCGCAUGAAAGACAUUCAUCUUUCUAUUUUCUCCCCUGCAAUUGCCAGAGACCCCAACAGGGGGCGUCUUUGUAUCACUCUGUCAACAACUGAUCAGUCACAGCUCAUGUUACCUGACCAAACAUAACCUCCUUGCUGAAGGUAUAAUCUUCCCUGUCAUCUGUUCCCCAUUAGUAUGAUGACCGUCACCUUCCUGGUUGUGAGUCUACCGUUGUGAUUUCUUCCCAAUUUAAGCCCACCAACCAAAACUUUCUAUCUCCAAGCAGAUCUUUUGGUUCACUGUAUCAAGACAGCUUCAAAUGGCAAGACUGUAUCAUUGGCGGAACAGCAUCCAAUACUCCAGAAAAUAGAUACAAGUACAAAAAAGACAGCCCGAUAAAACACCUAAAACACGUCAAAAUAAUCCGAAGCCUAAACCUCUGCUUCAAAGAGUACCUAAAGUCAUGUUUCCCAUUAAUGACAGAAUGACCACUUCACACAAAGAUCUGCGCAUGAAAGGCAUCAAAUCGGUAAAAUGUAUUAUUGGUAUCAUUGACAAGAUGUUUUUGAAUAAUAUAGACUAGCCAAAAUUGU